CAAAUGCAAUGCCGUCCGUCCGUUGCGCCAGCCCAGCCCAUCCCCCCCUUUUUUUGUAGCCUUCUUCAGUCAGUAACGAAGAGUCUGACUCCGUCAUCGCCGUCCUCUUCUUUGCCCGUCGGCCGGCGCCGCCGCAGAAACCAGCCACCCGAGUGAGCUCUUCCAGUCGUACUUGUAUUAAUCGGCCCACUGUCCGGCUACUGGUAUUAGGUUCGUGUUGACUGGAGAUUCAGAAUUCAUUUUUGUUUGUUGGUAAGGAACCCUAACUUCCUUGUUCCCGAGGAGCAAUCACAUCCGAUUUUCCGCUCCUCCAUCAGUGGCGUAGGUGCUAGUCCAAUCGAGCGUCCGUUUUAUUUUCUGGGUUCAGUGACAGCUGGUGAUCCAUCUCGUGCUCAAGGAUCGGUCUCGAACUCUCAAUUGUCCCUAGAGGGCUUGGGUUCCGUGUUGAGGGCGUUCAAAUUACUACCAAAAAAUUGGGAGUUCAAGACACCCUGAUGCCAUCAGCACCUGGGGAGAAGGAUCCACAAGUUAUACCGAGGCCUGCGACGGGGCCUCCUCUGGUGCAGACUCUCACGCCUGUCAAUGCAACAGGAAGUCCUGCCAUAGACCCGAGGCUGGCGCAGCCGUCUUGGCCUGGCCAUGUAGUACUCCUGCGCCCUUGUGCAGCUUGGCCUCCUCAUUUGCCAGUCCCGUUGCUGCUUCCGCACCAAAAUGUGGAUGCUCUGGAGGAUGUGGCUGCAGCAGAUGUUAACCCUGCGAUCGAUAGCUGUGACGAGAAGAUGUUGCCCAAGGUGAAUAUGUUGUUCGAUGGUGAAAGCGAUGCGUAUGAGUUCUACAAUGCAUAUGCGGAAAAGGUGGGCUUCUUUGUCCGAAGGUCAACGCUCUGGACGACGUCAAAGAACAUAAUCACUAGGAGAACUUUUGUGUGCUCGAGAGAGGGGUUUCGGGAGAAGAAGAAGGGAGCAAAGGAAGCAAAGUGCCCACGUCCCGAAACACGAAUUGGAUGCCCUGCAAGCUUGACCAUUAGACUUACUGCUAAUGGCAAGUACCGUUUGACAGAGUUUGUGCCGAAUCAUAACCAUCAGCUGGCAACAGCCUCUACAGUUCAUAUGCUGAAAACAAAGAAAAUCAGGCGCAAAGCACGGGCUGCGAGAGAAAACCUGGCAGAUGAUACCGUGAGUACACCAGAAUUUGAGAAUGAAGACGAGGCAUAUGAAUUUUACAGCAUGUAUGCGGGGAAAAUUGGGUUCAGCGUGCGCAGGGCUAGCAUGACGGUGAAUAAUGAGAAUGUUAUAACCAGAAGAAUGUUUGUUUGUUCAAAAGAAGGAUUCCGUGAGAAGAAAAGAGGAGCAAAAAGAGUAAAGAAACCUCGACCAGAAACACGAACUGGCUGUCCGGCAUGUAUGGUCAUCAGGCUUGGAACUAACGAGAAAUAUCAAGUCACAGAAUUUGUUACCUGCCACAAUCACCAGCUUGGAGCUGCAGCAGCUUCUGAUCUUGUCAUGGCAUCUGGGAGUACAGAAAAUGAUCAAGAUGAUGGAUUUGAUCAGGCAGAUAGAUCACCCGAUGAUUCUGUUCACAAGCAAAAUCUGAUUUAUGGAAGUACCACUCUGAGUUCCCUAGAAGGUAGAAGUUGCAAAAGAUACAAGUAUACAAAGACUCCACGCUCAGGUGAUGUUGGCGCUACACUAGAAUACCUGCAAAAGGUGCAACAUGAUAACCCUUCAUUCUUCUAUGCUGUAAAAUCUGAUGAUGAUGGGAACUUCACAAAUUUUUUCUGGGCAGAUUCAAAAUCUAUUGUGGACUUUUUCCAUUUUGGUGACGUAGUCUGUUUUGAUUCAGGAUAUGCAUUGCAAGGCUAUGAUAGGCCAUUGGCUUUGUUUACAGGUGUGAAUCAUCAUAAGCAGACAGUUAUCUUUGGUGCUGCAAUUAUAUAUGAUGAAAGUAAAGAAGCUUUCCAAUGGUUAUUAGAUACUUUCAAGAUGGCAAUGAACGGAACACAUCCCAAGACAUUGUUAACUGAUAGAUCUGUUGCCUUAAGUGAAGCUGUUGCAGCCACGUUGCCUGCUACAGCCCAUCGUUAUUGUGUGUGGCAAAUUUAUCAAAAUGCUCUGCAGCAGCUGAGUCAAGCUUUCCAUGGUUCAAAAACUCUAGAAUGCAACUUCAAGAGAUGCCUAUUUGAUUGUGAGGAUGAGGAUGAGUUUGUGACAGCAUGGAAGGAAAUGUUGGAAAAGUAUGACCUAGAAGAUAAUCAAUGGCUAGCAGAUUUGUUCUCAAUAAAGGAGAAAUGGGCACUGGCAUAUGGCCGCGAUGCAUUUUAUGCUGAUAUGAAAAGCGUCCAGCAAAAGGAAAGUUUGACAAGUGAGCUGAAGAAACAUCUAUCAUUGGAAUGUGACCUUUUGAACUUCUUUGAGCAGUUUGAAAGACUGUUAUGUGAUCGUCGGUCUGCAGAGAUGGAGGCUGAUGUGAAUGCUAAUCAGAGUACAAAGAAGCCACCUUCUAUGCGAAUGUUAAGGCAAGCUGCCAAUGCAUAUACACCUUCUGCCUUUAAAAUGUUUGAGAGGGAAUUUGAAUUGUACAUGGAUUGCAUGCUCUACAUCUGUGGUGAGAUGAGCACAAUUUUCGAGUAUAGAAUAAGUGUUGAGGACAAGUCAAGAGAUCACUUCGUUAAAUUUGAUUCACUCAAUUCCAUGAUGAAUUGUACUUGUAAGACGUUUGAAUUUAUUGGCAUCCCAUGUCGCCAUAUGCUGAAGGUACUUGACAUGAGGAAUAUCAAGGACCUUCCUGCCCAGUACAUCAUGAAAAGGUGGAGGAAGGAUGCCAAAUCAGGAUCCUCAAAUGGUGGUUGUGCUUUCUUGUUUGAUGGUGACCCUGACUUUUCUCACAUAAAACGUUAUAAUUUUUUGUGUCGUAUGUUCAGUGUAGCAGCGGCUAGAGCUGCAACUUCUGAUGAAUCAUUUGCAUAUAUGGAAAACCAGUCAAACAUACUGAUGGAUCAAAUAGAGCAAGUUAUUCAAACCAGGCCCCCUGACAUAGCUGAUCUUAUUGGUGCUAAUUGUGAUCGAACACAAAAUCCAGUUGACAAUAUUGUCGCUGAAGGCAUUCAAAGUCAUACUAAUUUUCUUAGUGGCUCCACUGAUGGCUCUCUAACAUUUCCAUUCACAUUGGGUGCUGGCACAUUGGAUUACCGCUGACUGGUACCUACUGUUAGGAUGGUACUGCAGUACAGAACAAAGUAUUUCUGUCUCGCCAUGAACAACAAUAUGUGUCAUUUUUAAUGUUUUACAAUAAAACCAUGGCUGCAUCAUUUACUCAUUACUCACCUGUCCUUUUGGUACAAGCUAUUUAGUUUUUUUUAUUUGCUGACCAAGUCUUUUUAGGCAUGCAAAAUGACAUAAUGGAUGUUCUACUAAUGUGUUGGUAGCUUCACAUUGGCUGCAGAGCUGCAAAUAACAAUGGCCUGAUAUUGUCUGCCUUAACUUCUCACCCAAAGAAAGGAAGGAUUUUUUCCCCUUCGCCAGCACUCAUUGUAUGUACUUGAUGGGAAAUGAUGUUUCAUGAGGUAGCACCCGAAAUAUCACCUGGUUUUCCAGCCUGGUGAUUGUGCACAGGGUGCUCCCGGUAAUGAGGGACUCCGCCUGCUGUGUUGCCAGUUUACAAGGUGAUGAUGCUGAACUUAACCAACGCGAGCCCAUCUGAUUUUUAACCAGUGCUGUACGCCUGUAGCGUAAUGCUGUUGCGAUAGCCUUGUCAUGACAGUUGUGCAAUGUACAGAUUUUUUAACCCAUUACGUAAAUAUAUUGACAUGUGAUCACUGGUUUCAAA